AUGGGGCUUGUAGAUCUUAUGCAGCACAUGUCCAUGGAGCGGCAGCCGGACCGCCUUCGUCGGCGAGCGGAGACCACUUAUGGGUUGGUUGCUUCACGGGAUAAUAAUGAGGUCUCACCCUGCCAGCAAGAAGCUGAUUCUCAAGGUGGUGAGGCACAGAUACCUAGGCUUCCAGAGGACAUCUGGUGUCAUAUACAUUCCCUGAUGCCAAUGCGAUCUGCUGCCCGAGCUGCCUGUGUGUCUCGUGCUUUUCUACGUUCCUGGAGAUGCCAUCCCAACCUCACUUUCAGUGUGAAGGCGCUGAGGUCGAAUAAGAAGGAAUAUGAAAAUGAUGAUAUCGCCAGAGAUUUCUGUAGCAAAGUUGACCAGAUUCUGAAAAGGCAUUCAGGCGUUGGUGUCAAGAAACUCAAUAUUCAGAUGCUUGGAGGUUACAAUGGUUAUGUCGACAGUUGGCUCCAGAUUGCUGUUAGAUCAGGAAUCGAAGAACUUUCACUUUCAAUGCCAAGGAGAGCAAAAUACAAUGUCCCAUGCUCACUCUUUUCUAAUGGGAGUGGAGACUCAAUCCAAUACCUAUACCUUACUGGUUGCUCCUUCCGUCCCAAAACUGAACUUGGUUGUUUAAGAAGCCUGACAAAACUGCAUCUUUAUUAUGUCAGUUUUACUGGGGAUGAGUUAGGGUGCCUUCUCUCCAAUUCUUUUGCCUUGGAGGGCUUGGGAAUCAGUUUUUGCUAUGAAGGAGACCGCAUUCAACUGUCACUCGGAGAAACAUUGCAAAUGAAGGAGCUAAGUUUGUCCUUCUCUCUGGCGCAGUUCAUUGCGUUUGUGCUGAACUUCCGUCCAGCAUGCCAAACCUUAAAAUUGCCACUAUAUAUUCAAGAAGUAUCCCAAUUGAAAAUGGAACACGUCUCCAUAUUUGCCGAUCCCUCGGAUCUGAGGAAGAUGCAAGGACAGCAGCACCACAAGAUGAAGACAGUGGAGAUCAUAGGAUUCACAUCAGCAAAGAGUCUUGUUGAGCUAACAUGCCAUAUUGUUGAGAGCGUGACAUCACUUGAAUGCCUUACAUUGAGGACCCAUCAGAGUUCUUCUAGGUGCUCCGAGUCUGCUAAUGCUAAUAAAAGUAACAAGUGCUCCCCAUUGCCCGUUCAUGUUCUCAUGGAAGCUCAACGAGCGCUCUUGGCCAUCAGGACGUACAUUGAGCCUAAAGUUCCCUCUAUGUGCAUCAUAAUCUCAGAUAAGAUGUUUAUCUCUGCAAGCCUUUGGGUGAGGAUGACUGCAAUCCAUCAAAAAAGAAUGACCAAGCUCGCUGCAAAGGGUGUCAACUUCGGGCAAAAGAUCUUAUACAUCCUAAUUGCGGUAGCUUCAUUGCUGGGCACAACACUAUUCUUUAUCCAGAAGAAAGUGGCGAAGAAGAGCGUGAUUGGGACUUCAUUUAGUGAAAAGUUCAUGUUAUUCACUGCUUGGGAUAUGUAUUGGUUUGCGUGCAUGCACAAAUUAACAAUUUCAAGUUGA